AUGAAAAAAGAACUUUUCUACUUCGUACUUAUAGGGAUAUUUAAAGAAAUAUCCGGAACAAAUUUCACUAUUUCAUACCCACAGGUAACCACCUUCAAUACAGACUUAGCUUUACAAAUACCAUGUGAACCAUUAAACAGCACACUCGCAAAUAUCAAUGUAGAUUAUAUUGAAAGUAUCCCGGGAAUACUCCAAAAUGAAAUUGAUAUUUCUCAAAAUGUCUCUAGGAUAGACGUAGACAAGGAAUUCUUUCAUAUGGAAGACAGAAAAUCUCAUCAUAUUAUCUUUAAGGAUAAAUUCUACUUUGGAAAACCCCUAUGGAUGCAUAAUGCAAGUGCAGGCAAGCACUUUUUGCUGAAAAUAAUUCAAACCAACAAGCCAGUUAAGAGUCUUGAAAUGUGCAAGAAUCCAGAAAGAAUUACCCUUAUAUAUGGAAUGAUAAAAGGAUCAUCCAUGAAGAGCAUGCCCUUUAUUAUCAGUUCUCUGUCAGAAAAGGGUGAAAUCACAGAUGUAAAUUCAGAAAACUACAUUCCACAAGAAAUUUCUCUAACGGAUAUUCAUACUCUCAUACUACAAGGCUCUACUAGAUCUAUUAUAUCUCAAAAAUACCUUCAAAAAUCAAUUAACUACUUGUCUAGUAGUAUAGAAUCAAUAGAACCUUUUAAUUUAAAGUCAAUUAGAGAGAAUCUAACUGAAAUAGAGCAUGUAGUAAGGAUACACCUAGCAUCAAUUAUUUAUGAAAUGAAUAAUGCACUAGAUGCACUGGAAAUAACUCCAUUUUCAAAUGAUGCAAUCAAUAGUUUUGCAUCUUAUAAGAAAACCAUUGAAAAAGACGACACUCCAAAGUCUCUCCAGGAAGAAAGAAAAUUCGUUAAAGAAAAUCCAAAAAUAUUCCAGCAUGAUAUAAACACUGCGAAGUACAUGAAGGUUCUUAUGUACAAUACAGUCUAUCAGAUUGUACGCCACAUAAAAUAUUCCAUGAAAAUCACACAGAUUUUUAACCUAGCCAAUAAGACAUUCAUAUACGACCAUACUAAUAAUGAACUCUCAGCCCUUUAUGAUAUUGCACAGCGUAUAGAUGACUUUGACCCGUACAGUAUUGAUAAUAAUGGUCUUAGGAAUGUACAAAAUACUGUGAAAGAUGCAAUCUUAAUGCACUAUAAUCUUAUGAUCUUAUUGAAACUUGGAAUAGUCCCUAGAAUGAUUGAGCUAAGAGGCAGUACAAAAGACUAUUAUGAAAGUAUUGGGAACCCAGGCAAUACUAAGACUAUGAAGAAUUAUCAUAAAAAUGCAGGUAGAAUGGUUAGCUUCCUUAAGCAUAGUUUGAGCCGAGAGAAAAGAAUUGAAAAUUCAUUGAAAAAUCAAUUGAAUACUGUAACUGCCUGCAUAGACAGGAGGGAUAAAGGGAAAGAAUGUGACAGUUAUGAAGAAAAAGAGAAAAAAAUGAGCAUGGCCAUUAAUUCAAUGAAAAAUGAGAUAGUAGCAAUGUCAAGCAGAAAUGCAAUUAGACUUCGAAAGAAGCCUUAA